AUGGCAGAAAAAUUGCCAAACCAGAUGCCGCUCUACCCACCGGGUGCCUCCUUUGAGCAGAAGUUUGAAGAGCACUACCAGCAAGUGCUCAAAAUGGAGGACCCUCAAUAUAUGCAAGAGCAGAAUUAUGAUGAUAAAUCGUUUCUAUCUACAGGAGAGGGCUCGCAGGAACCAAAAAUUGAACCUGGUAAGCCGAUAAAAUUCAUCAGUGUGAACAGCUCCCAACUUACGCCGGAGCAACGAGAAAUGUACGAGUCUGUACUCUCCACUUGGAAGCCAGUUCUCUAUCCAAAGCAGGUGAAGCGGUAUAUCUGUGAAAAGUGCAAUAAGGAGUUUAAGAAUUACCAAAAUCUAUACCUGCAUACAACUCGGGUUCACUCAACUGAGGAGUCAGCUGUCCUUUGCAAUAUUUGCGACAAGUCAUUUAAGAAUAAACAUUAUUUAUACAUGCACAGGAUGAAUAAGCACUACUCAGAGUCGGAAAAGUGCUUCUGUCAGUUUUGCCUGCAAGAGUUCAGGACGAGGCGUGCCCUGCAUAUGCAUGUUAAACGAUUUCACCCAAACACGCUGCCAGAAUUGAAAUGUAAAGACUGCGGUAAAGAGUUCAGAGUGCCGUACAAACUGAGAUACCAUAUAGACGCAUGCCAUAGACAAGACAAGGACAAGUACAAGUGCCACAUCUGUGAAAAAUUCUACAAGAGUCAUCUAAACCUGAACCGUCAUCUUCAUUUCCAGCAUUCUCAAAUACCUCGUCAUCCUUGUGUCUUCUGCGACAUGACGUUCAAGUCGCGUCAUCAUAUGAAACGUCAUAUAUUAAACAUUCACCCACCGCUGGAAUCAAAGGUACAGUGUCCGGAGUGCUUAAAGGAGUUUAAAAACGAUCAAUAUCUAAAGGAGCAUAUGCAAGUCCAUUCAUCAAUAGACUCAAAAGUUAAAUGUGAACUGUGUGAUAAGAUUUUUCACUCAGCUAUCCGACUGAAAAAGCACAAGAAAAUAGUACAUCCAGAUAAACCGAAGUUACGCUGCGAGAAGUGCGAUAAGGAGUUUGCGCACGCGCAUUACCUGCGACGCCAUAACAAUGCAGUGCACAUGGACGUAGAUGAAAGCCAAUAUCAGCACGAGUGUGACCAAUGCGGAAAGAAGUUUAAAAUCAAGAGGUACCUGAACAACCAUUUGCAGCGCCAUGAGCAGCAGCAUUUGAAGAGGAUCUCACAGAUGGUAAAAACUGUGAUGGACGAUGGGACAGAGCAAGUUGUGAAGAAAAGAGGCAGGCCGAAGCGAGAAGCGCGGAAAGAAAUUGAGUUUGUCAAAUGUGAGCCCGUUAGCUCGGAGGAAGAGUCUGAUACGGAGUCGGAUUCGGAAUAG